CCUCUGGAUGGAGGAAGACUAAACUAACUACAGCAGUGCAAACGUCUGCUCCUAGGACUUGAAGUACAGUUAGGAUUUUUUAGGCUUUUUUGUUCUAGCACUGAUUGUAUAUAUAAUGCUGACUGCAUGAGGCCUCUAUAAACCCCCCAAAGAGGCUUGACAUUGAGAUUUUUAAGACAGCUGGACUUCUGGAAUCUGUCUCUUUGUUGCUUCUCGUCAUCAUCAUCCAGACAUGGGGUUCUGGAUUAUUUUCCCCAUCUGUCUUUCCCUGGUGUCCUUCAUUGGAACGUGGAGUGUAUACGGGCUAGCCUUCUCCAACAAUCAUGUGUGCGCCCUCACUGACUGGGGUAACGGCAACUACUGCAGGGUGAAUUAUACUGAUGCUGGAUGCUGCUGGGUUCCUACAAUAAGCUCAAGUGGAACAUAUCCACCAGAAAAUUCACUUUUUACAGCCACAAUCAAUGCCGGAUCCUUCAUGUUUUUGCUGUUCUGCAUAUUCCACCAUGCCCAUAUUAUGGAGAGGCACUCGAGUCAGUCCAUGAUGAGCAAAUUUGCACUGGUCUUCGGUGUGAUUGCAGCCAUGGGGGCAUUCGCAGCCGGAAACUGCAACCCAUUUCACGUGUCACUCCUUCACUACCUCGGGGCUGCCAUCAGUUUCAUGUGCGUGUGCUUCUACACGUGUAUCCUCACCGUGCUGACACGGAAGUGUGCGCUCUCUGGAUAUGAAAAGGUUCUCUACCCGCUGCGAAUCAGCUCCACUGUGAUUCAAGUAAUUGUGACCAUCAUCUAUACUGUCUUGUUCAUUCAGAGCGAGUACUUCUACAUCCACCUGUCUGCAGUUUUUGAGUGGAUGCUGAGUAUGAACCUGGAGCUGUUUGAGCUCAGCUACGCCGUGGAAUUUUUCUUCUUCUCGUCAUAUAUGCUCUCAAAUCUGUUGAACAAACGAGAGGAGGAAAAGCCUUUGAUGAUGACGAUGUCCUGAUAUAAGGCUGCCAGGAUCCAGCGGAAAGAUGCAGAAAGCGAGGAUGGAUUAAGUAGGACAUCUGUUACUACAGUGGCUGGAUCAUGGCUAGAGGACCAAUAGUGUUUUGUUUUGGUUUUUUCCUAGUCUUUUCUUGGAAGGAUUUCUUUCUUCUGUCUUCUUUACUAAUUUUUUUUUUCAUAUUUAUUGAACCAAACCAACUUCUACAGCAAACGAACAAACAUACCAGCUGGAUUGUAUCUCAUGCAGAUGCCCCGUCUACAGAACAGUUUACAAGAGGUGUUUUUUGUGCAAUCAUUUUUGUAAGAAUUUCUUAUUAGACAUAUAAAAAAUGAAAAAUUUGUGGAAAAAAAAAUCUCACAGAUCAGUUUUGUGUUAGGUGACAGCUCUUGCAUAACCCUUUAAGUAUUACUUUAACACGAGGAAGUCAUGCCACUGUGCUGAUAAACAUAUCUGCGUUUGGAGCUAAAAGGGUGGAGGACUUUUAUUUACACCCUUUUAAACAAAGUCUCCAUGACGCUAUAAGAUCCUGUUUGACUGGAUGAUUAACCUGAACGACAGUAAAAAUAAUAGGCGUCAUCAACCCCAGCUGGCCUAGCGAUAGAUCCUUGGACAUUACAAGCAAUCUUGGCUACAUACACUUAAGGUGAUGUUGUCAGUAUCCUUUCCAUUCCAGAGAUUUUCACUGUGGUCUGUUCGAUGUAUUUCAGUGUAUGUGUGCUUUAGAUGAAAAGCCGGAGUAAUGAUUUAUAAAUUAUAAAGUUAAAAAGGAAAGGAAAGAAUAGUUUCAUACCUCUAUGUGCCCCAUAUUAAUACAGUAUUUUGAACCAGUUUGUUUGCUUCAGAUUUAUGCAUCUGUGGCUUCUAUUGUUUUAUUCCACUCUUGAUCAGUUGCCAGCACAUAGUUGGAAAAUGUAGAUGUCAUGCAGCACCAGUCACUCAGUUUGGUAAUCUGAAUAACCACCAGUCUCUCUCAGCUGGCUUGGGAACAUCUGUGUGUCCUCCAGAAUGAGCUGAAGGAAGUGGCCGAGGAGAGGGAGGUCUGGGCUUUUCUGCUCCCUGUGACCCAGGCACUGAUGAGCAUCAAAACAUUUACAGGUGUAUAGUUGAAUUGUCACUUUUCAAAGUUUAUAAAGUAGCUAAAAGGUGUAGUUUUGACAUUUGUCAAAAAAAGCGCGGGACAUGCCGAGAGGUAUUCUGACAUGAUUCUAUUCAAAUUACAAAUAAAAAAAACUGUACAUUUUCUAGAUUUUCACUUAAAAUGUAAAGGAUAAAUAUACUUCCAACUCUUUUGCAAAGCUGAAGUGUGUUUUUAUGGCUUCAUGCAGUAGUUUUGUUUUUGUAUUUCUUCCAGAUUCUGUCAUUUUAGCUGUUCUUCAGUUUGGGUAUAUCUGUAGAUUGUUCUACUCCACAACUUGAAUCCAGCUGUGACACACACACAGCAUCACUUCAUACUACAUUUCCCCUCUGUGUGAAACUGAAAAAUAACUUUCUCAGAAUAUACUGCCGCUACAUUUUAUUUGUGGUCGUUUCCAUCAUUUUCAACAAAAUCUGCAAAGCUCGUGAGUUUUUGGUCACUUAACUUUUCCACAUGAGUGUGGCAUUAAGACAGCCUGAGCUGCUUCGAACAAUAGUACUUACUAAAAAGUCAGAUUUUUCUUCCCAAGAGUUGGUAAAUACCACAAAUGGGAGUCAAAACGGAAUUAAAAAUCAGCUUAGUGUUUAAGAAAGCAACUUUGCCAACUUUAAAAACCUCAAUAAAACGAGACAACACGCUUCUGGUUUUAAUGCAAAGCACUUAAACUUUACUUGAAAGAAGGUAAUAUACAUCCUGGAAUUACAGAUAAUAAAGAUACAUUAUGAGCAAAAUCAUUUCACAAUGAAUAUCAUCUUUCUUUCGCAACAACCAAGAGAGGAGUGCGACAUUAUCUACAGUUUUUGUUAGGAGAAAACAGUGAAAAGCACACCUAAUUCUGUCGGCAUCUUUACUGUAUGGUACACUGUAAAAAAUGUCAUCUAUAUGCAGUAGUCCACAUUAUUAACCUCAAUAACAAAAAAAAAAGAAAAAAAAAACAAUUUGAAAAAACACGAGCUUCAUGGUUGUUUUUCAACUAAGUAACUGCAAUG